AUGCCUCCUGUCCUCCACUGCGUGCGCCACGCACAGGGCUUCCAUAACCUCAAUAUUGCGAACCAUGUCAUCCAAGACCCCCUGCUUACCCCACACGGGGAAAACCAAUGCCGCACCCUCCACGCCAAUUUUCCAUAUCAUUCCCAGAUUGACUUAAUCGUUGCUUCACCGCUCAGGCGCACUAUUUACACAGCGCUGCAUUCAUUUGAGGAUAUCAUUCGGGAAAAGGAGCUGAAGAUUAUUGCGUUACCGGAGAUCCAGGAAACGAGUGACGUUCCCUGUGAUACUGGGAGCGAUCUCGCUGACUUGAAGCAAGAAGUAGAGGAGAAAGGGUUGCCUGUUGAUUUGUCAUUAGUCCCGGAAGAUUGGAAUGAUAAGACAAAGGAGAAAUGGUCGGCAAACGCUAAGUCAGUCACUGCCCGUGCUCGCGAAGCAAGAGGAUGGCUGAAGGCUCGACCGGAAAAGCAUAUAGCCAUGGUAUCUCACGGCGGUGUCUUACACUACUUUAGUGAGGACUGGCAGGAUAGCACACUCUAUCAAGUCACCAAAAAGAAACCAAGCCCGAAGAACUAUACUAAUGUUCGUCCUUCGCCCACCUACCCAGGCACCGGCUGGGCCAACACUGAAUUUCGAACCUACGAAUUCACCGAUACGGUCGACGAAGACGAUUUAUACGGGAACAAAGUUGGCCUCGACAACGCAACUAUUCGGGAGACCAUCGAUUCUAGGAAAAGGAGAGGCAAGUCGGUACUUGAGCCCCCAACGCGGGAUAUGCAGAAACAGUUUUUCGUCCAGGCGAUGACUGGAUGGGAAAACCAGGUUGCGCAAGCCUUGGCUGCAGAUAAAGAGAUGAAUGAAAAGGACGAGGCAAUAGAAGUUACGCAGAAGCCGUCUGUGUCCGUCACUGCUGAAUAG